GGGGGGACGGAGGGCGGUGAGCUUGUCUUGCUGGUCUGAGCAUAGAGAUGCUGAGUCCAGAGGCCAGUACUAACUCGCGAUCGCAGUAAGGGGUUCGGGAUCAGGACUUCCCGGGAGUUGAGGGGUCGGGGUACAGGAAACACGCAGCGACACACGUGGCCCACGCACCGGACCCCACGGCGGGGACGAAGACCGCGUCUUCACUGUGGCGCUUCUCUGCUCGGCGCGAGGCGCUCUGCAGAUGCCGCUCGUUGACAGGAGCGAAGAGUCUGAAGUUGGUGUCAGUAGCUGGAUGGAGCUGGAAGGAGUGGGUGCGGCUGGGGAGGAAUUACUGACGUGCCAGCUGGAAUCAACAUGUCUGGCACUGAGGAAGCAGUUCUUGGAGGAUGUGACAGCCACCCUUCUUCUGCUGGCAGCAACUCUGUGGUGUGGUUUGGACAGUGCCAGUAUACAGCAGAAGAGUCCCAGGCCAUCCAGAAUGCUCUGAGGCAGAGGUUGGGCCCGGAAUACAUAAGUAGCCGCGUGGCUGGAGGAGGCCAGAAGGUGUGUUACAUUGAGGGUCACAGGGUAAUUAAUCUGGCCAAUGAGAUGUUUGGGUACAACGGCUGGGCACACUCUAUCACACAGCAGAACGUGGAUUUUGUUGACCUCCACAAUGGCAAGUUCUACGUGGGAGUCUAUGCAUUUGUGAGGGUCCAGUUGAAGGAUGGUUCAUAUCAUGAGGAUGUGGGUUAUGGUGUAAGUGAGGGCCUCAAGUCAAAGGCCUUGUCUUUGGAGAAGGCCAGGAAGGAGGCGGUGACGGACGGGCUGAAGCGAGCCCUCAGGAGUUUUGGGAAUGCACUUGGAAAUUGUAUUCUGGACAAAGACUAUCUGAGGUCACUAAGUAAGCUUCCACGCCAGUUGCCUCUUGAAGUGGAUCUAACCAAAGCAAAGAGACAAGAUUUUGAACCAUCUGUGGAACAGGCGAGAUACAACAGCUGCCAACCAAACAUGGCUCUGGGACCCCCAAAACUGCGGGAGGUGACCUCACCUUGCAAAACAAGCCACCCAGUUGAUCCCCACACUGUGACUGAGAGGGAUAAGGACUACAGCUCCCGAAGCCUGACUUUGUCCACCGUGGAGAGUGACGCCACAUACCAGCGGAAGCUCCGGCAGAAGCAGCUGCAGCAGCAGUUCCGGGAGCAAAUGGAGAAGCAGCAGCAAGUUCAGAUACCUGCUCCGUCAGUCGGAAAGCAGAGUGAGGCGCUUCUGGCCCCCGCUCUGACCCACAGCACUCCUGUAGCUGCUGUCUCAGAACGACUUGCUGAAAAGGACCUCCUUGCAGAGAACCUUGAAGACAACCUUGAAAUGUGGGAUAUGACUCAAGAUGCAGGGGACAAUGUUGCUAAGCCCUUGUCCAGACCAGAGCCACCCCAGACCUCUGCCAUACCAGUCCUGAAUGACCAGAUGGCAUCCUGGAACAGGACCUCACACAGCCUGUGCCAACAGAAGCCAGAAGCAAAAUCUAGACCCUGGGACCCUCAAACUUUUAACACUAACCUGCAUAUAACAGGAAACUGCGACUCUUAUAGGAAGAGCCAGGACAUGAAGAAAAGGAAAUUGGAUCCAUCUUAACUGAGGCUCAGACCACAUCAUUAGAUUAUGUCACAAAAGGUCUUCAGAAACUAAUUUUUGAUCAUGAAAUUGUCCAUCAUCCCUGGGGAAUGAACUUUAUUUCCAAGGAUUUACCUUCAUUCUAAACCUUAUCAGAGAAUUUGACUAUUAGAGCCUGUGGCAGAUAAAUCUGAGGACUUUAAAAAGCUUGUCACACUGCAGUGGGGAGGCUCUGGACAGAUGAAAUAUCUUUCCUUUGACUUUGGAGGCUUUUCACUAUUUAUUCUUAAGCUGUUAUGUUAAUAUGACAUUUUAGGAACCACCAGUAGCUGCCUGCCCUCAAGCAACACAGGCCAUACUUGGUAUUAAGCACCAGCUUUACAGUUGCCUACAUUAAAUUGUCGUGAGUAAUGUCUGCCUUCUUUCCCUUUGGGGCUUUAUGCUUUUAGUGCUGUCCACACAAGUACUGUGUGUCAUGAUAAGAAAAAAAGGCUGUACUGCUAUUUUUUACUACUUUUCAUCAAUCCAGGCUGUAAUCUUCAUUUAAUAUAAAUCUUCAUCUAAUAUAAUCUCAUUCAUGGGUUUAUGACAACACAACCCUGCAUUCUUUCAAGACCAACGUUUUAUUCCAACAAGGAAAUAAAUAAAGAUCUAUGACCAAGGGAAAGGCAUUUGAGUAAUCAAAUCCUCUGCUUUUUAACAAAAUAGAAAAAUAUAGUAGCUGUUUUAAUUUCCCCAUUUCAGAUGUGAGAUGUAACUCACUUUAGCAUAAAUUGGUUUUUCAUAGUGUUUAGAUGUUUUAUAACUCUUUGCUCCAAAUAAUAUUUGUAGUUGUUUUACUUUUUUAGGAGCAUUUUGGGUUGGGCUGUGCCCAAUCUCGAAGCAGUGACUUAUUUUUUGGAUCACAGACCCAUUUGUGGGAAAUGAACCUGAGGUGAGGUAAGGAACUCUUAAAAGUACUGGGCGGCAGACAACCCUUUGCAAAGACGAAGCAGCACCAGUUUACCCGCAUCUCGCUAUCUGACAAUAGAGGAAAACCAAAGUGUUCUUGUUAUUCUCACUCAGCAACCAACAUAGAACCCUUCUGUAAGCAGAUGUGGGUGGCAGGGUGUUAUUGCCCCACAUACCAAGCAAGCAAUCAGUUCAGCAGACAACAGCGCGGUGUCCUAAUUCAGUUCAAUCUGACACUACCUGGAGACAGCAUCAGACCCUACAGGUGAAGGGCUCAGUCGCACAAGACUGCCCCACUUUUUUUUUU